CUUGAAUAUUUCCUCGUUGUAGUGUUACCAAAAACUUGAAACUUCCUUCUAAUUUUAUGCAUCCCUGGCGCACAGCUGUCAUCAACGCCGCCCUUGUAAAAAAAAAAAACAAUUCAAAAACGUGAUCCAGCGAUAUUACAAGAUGGCCUUUAACUUUACCGCCUUCACGUAUAUAGUGGCCCUGAUUGGCGAUGCAUUUUUAAUAUUUUUCGCAAUAUUUCAUGUCAUUGCGUUCGAUGAGUUGAAAACGGACUAUAAAAAUCCAAUUGAUCAGUGCAAUAGCCUCAAUCCGCUGGUUUUACCGGAGUACUUGCUGCACAUAUUCCUGAAUUUGCUCUUCCUGUUCUGUGGUGAAUGGUUCUCACUAUGCAUCAAUAUACCUCUCAUAGCCUAUCAUAUUUGGCGAUACAAAAAUCGUCCUGUAAUGUCCGGACCUGGACUUUAUGAUCCGACCACAGUCCUAAAGACCGACACACUAUCUCGGAAUAUGCGUGAGGGUUGGAUUAAACUGGCCGUUUACUUGAUCAGCUUCUUCUAUUACAUAUACGGCAUGGUUUAUUCGCUCAUCUCAACAUAGAGGUUUGAGGCAGCUGCCUGGGGAUCUCAUUGUUGGCGCCAGCGCAUCCGCAUUGUGUAUUAGUUGUCAUAACUCGGGUGGAAGCCUCCCUUUUUGGAGAGAUUCCGCCUCAACCGCGAACAAUACUUCACUUGUAAAUUUUAGUGUAAAUUCAUAAAAACAUAUUGCAGCUUUUUUUUUAUAAUUUGUAACCUAUUGUCUGCAGUAAGAGAUUCUAACGUAUUUUUAUUAUUAUUUUUGCAUUUCGUUCGGUGCAGUUGGUUUUAAGCAUUAAAUAAAAGUCGAAUCGAAGUAACUAA